AAACCCACUAAAUAAUUUACAAAGUAAUUUUGUUGUAUGAGGUGAGACUAGAACAGCAUUUGAUAUUGGGUAAAUCAUAUGCACAAUCAUUUAGAUUCACGUGGUAUAGCCGUAGCCCCAGCAGUAUGUCUUGUCUCAGGCAGCAAGUAGAUGGCGUCUGACUACAACACAACCAAUACAGUGAUAGCUGAGUCACACAACUAGGUCCUACUGUAGCAACAGUAGCCUACAGAAACUGGUGUAGAGCCCUUUAGCGUCUGGCAAUUAUCGGGAAUCGUCUUGAAGAUGCUGUCGAUAACGUUGAAGACUCUUCAGCAGCAAACGUUUAAAAUAGAAAUAGAUCCAGAACUAACGGUAAAAGCCCUGAAGGAGAAGAUAGAGACUGAAAAAGGGAAGGAUGGCUAUCCAGCCACAGGGCAAAAGUUAAUCUACGCAGGCAAAAUCUUGAAUGAUGACAUACCUCUAAAAGACUACAGAAUUGAUGAGAACAACUUUCUGGUGGUAAUGGUUACAAAGCCCAAACCUCCAGCUACUCCACAGAUUUCUCCUCUGGCAGCCCCAGCCUCUACCCCUGCUCCUGCCCCUGCACCUCCUGCUGUUUCUGGGCUGUCCCUCUCUGACAUUGCCCGACCUACCUCAUCCCCUGCCCCCAUGGAGAUCUCCACCCUGUCCCCUACAUCCACACCUGCCCCUGCCUCAAGCCUCACACAAGCAGUGGAGUUCUUCACACCCCCUGCACCAGCCCCUGUUUCUAUUCCCCCUGCAGCCCUGGGGACGAGUGCAUCCCUAGCUGCAGCAGCAUCCUCCCUCUCAGAGGUCAAGCCUGGGGGGGAGCAGCCUGAACAGCCCUUUGCUACACCACCAGCCCUCUCCUCCUCCAGCCUUGUUGAUGACUUAAGUCUCCUGGAAGAAGCAGCGUCAAUACUGGUGACAGGACAGGCAUAUGAGAAUCUAGUGUCUGAAAUCAUGUCUAUGGGAUAUGAAAGGGAGCAGGUUAUUGCAGCGCUGCGAGCCAGUUACAACAACCCAGACAGAGCCGUGGAGUACCUGCUAAUGGGGAUUCCAGCCGAGGCUGACCUUCUGCCACCGGAGGCGUUCCUACACACAGCUCUGGCCAACCUCAACCCCACUGCCCCAGCUCCUGCCCCAGCCCCUGCUCCAGCCACAGAUAGAGCCCAGCCCCCACCAGCAGCCACGACAGGCGCAGUGUCUUCAACCCAGCAGCCCCCCUCGUCUGGUGGGCUGACUGGUGGGCUUACUGGUGGUACUGGUGGAAGUACUGGGGGUGAGAACCCCCUGGAGUUUUUGAGGAACCAGCCACAGUUCCAGCAGAUGAGACAGGUCAUCCAGCAGAACCCAGCUCUUCUUCCUGCCCUGCUCCAGCAGCUAGGCAGAGACAACCCCCAGCUGCUGCAGCAAAUUACCCAGCACCAGGAGCGGUUUGUGCAGAUGCUGAACGAGCCCCAAGGAGGAGAGAUGGUAGAGGAGGGAGUUCAGUCCCAGGGGGCGCCACAGACUAACUACAUCCAGGUCACCCCACAAGAGAAGGAGGCCAUCGAGAGGUUAAAAGCCUUGGGAUUUCCAGAGGGACUUGUCAUUCAAGCAUAUUUCGCAUGUGAGAAGAACGAGAAUUUAGCUGCUAAUUUCCUGCUCCAACAAACAUUUGAUGACGAGUGAAUGUGCAUGCGUCAGCAUGAAGGGGAAGAAUGGAGGGCUAGAGAACGAGUGAUAGUGCUACAAAAUGUGAUUUGGAAGGAAGGAGUGGAAAAGGUUACCAGAAGUGACUUGUCAUUGGACAAAGACGUGAUGUUUAGUUACUGUAAGCUAUGCCUUCUCCAUUCUCUCUGAGUAUGUUAGCUCUCAGUGGUCUCUCUUGCUCACUGCUGCUAUUACUGCUGCUAUCACUGCUGCUAUCACUGCUGCUAUUACUGCUGCUAUCACUGCUGCUAUUACUGCUGCUAUCACUGCUGCUAUCAC